AUGGCGGGAGCGCGGCGGCUGCCGCUCCUUCUCCUCGCGAUCGUCGUCGCGCUCCCGGUCGGGAACGUCCGCGCCGCGUUCUCGCUGCGAGGGAGCGACACGCGAAGGGACGAGCGCCUCAUCGGAUGGCUCGGCGAGGUCCCGCGCGCGGACGCGACGACGACGACGAGGGAGGCGCCGCGCGCGGACGACGCGAGCGCGUCGUCGCUCGGGCCCACGCGCGACAUCGGCGUCGGCGACGCGCGCGUGGAGAAGCUCUCGGACUCCCCGCGCGCGUACCUCUUCCGAGAGUUCCUCACGAAGGAGGAGUGCGCGCACCUCAUCGAGAUCUCGACGCCGCACCUGAAGCGCUCGACCGUCGUCGGCGACGACGCGCUUCUCGGCGAGGCCGACGGCAGACGCAGCGACUACCGCACGUCCACGGGCGCGUUCCUCCCGAAGCUGUACGACGACGUCGUGACGCGCGUCGAGCGCAGGGUCGAAGCGUUCAGCCGCCUGCCGUUCGAGAACCAGGAGCAGCUCCAGGCGCGUUCUCUGCUGCGAUACGAGCUCGGACAGGAGUAUCGCGACCACGUCGACGGGUUCGCCACGGAGAACGGCGGCAAGCGCGUCGCGACGGUGCUGAUGUUCUUGGCCGAGCCGGAGGAGGGCGGCGAGACCGCGUUCCCGAACGGCGAGCCGAGCGAGGCGGUCGCGGCGCGGGUCGCGGCGCAGCGCGCGAGAGGCGAGCUCAGCGACUGCGCGUGGAGAGGCGGCGGCGGCGGUACAGCUGGCGGCGGGAGAGGAAACCUAAGAGGGUUCGCGGUGAAACCGAGGCUCGGGGACGCGGUCCUCUUCUUCUCCUACGACGCGGACGACGACGGCGGGUACGACGGCGCGGAGGUGAGCCACGCGAGCACGCACGCGAGCUGCCCGACGACGCGCGGGGUGAAGUGGACCGCGACGAAGUGGAUCCACGAGCGCGCGUUCGCGACAGGGACGUGGGAGACGCCGGAGUGCGUCGACCGCGACGACGGCUGCGCCGGGUGGGCGAGGGGCGGCGAGUGCGCGAAGAAUCCGGGGUUCAUGCUCGGGGAGGCGACGCCGGGGAGUUGUCUGAAGAGCUGCUGCGACGGCGGCGGCGGCGUGGAGAUGCCGCGCGAGAUGACGAUAUGGCAGAGGGAGUUUUGCGCGUCGUGCGAGGCGGGACGGACGAAGAAGGAAAUGGUCGUGACGCACGAGGAAAUUUAG